CUGAGCAGUCGUAUCGUAGUGAAUGAUAGGAGUAGGGGGCCAAUACGGUUUUUAAAUUAGAAUUACCGCGCUUAUAAUUUAUUUAUAUCUAAAUAGGACUACUGUUGAAACGCGAUCGAGCUCACUUGUAGUGCUUUACGUUGGUUAUUAUGUUACAUUACCGUUCAAGUUUUUCGUAAAUUAAAAACACGUGUCCCUCGAUUUUAUUUGCCUUAAUUAUUCAUAUUCGCCGAUCAGAGUUUAACGAUGGAUGACGUACAGAGUACGUUAAUAGACAACAAUUUAAAUGUUAAAUCGAUGCAAAAUGGUGUUAAAUCACCCAAAAAACUUAUUGAAAAUUCUGAUCGGUCGCAAGUAAUACCACCCGAUGGGGGUGCAAGAGCUUGGAUGGUUGUGAUUUGUUCGUUUUGUUGCAACGGAAUUUUGUUUGGAAUUAUUAAUUCUAGUGGAGUUUUUCAUCGAGAAUUUUCAACAUAUUUAGAAAGUAUCAACGAUACCGCCGCCUCUCGUAAAGCAGCUUUGGUGGAGUCGUUAAGUAUGGGUACAGUAUUCGUAAUGUCACCAGUAGCGGGUGUUUUAACGGACAGUAUUGGUCUACGGACGACGACGUUCCUGGGCGGUGCGAUAGCAUCGGGAGGAAUGCUUGUGUCGUCGUUCUGUGACUACAACGUCGACGCUUUAAAUUUUACGUUCGGUGUAAUGUACGGUUUCGGUGGUGCGUUGGCGUAUACCCCAUCAUUGGCAAUUCUCGGACAUUAUUUUAAAAAGCGGUUAGGAAUUGUGAACGGAAUUGUUACGUCGGGAAGUUCUACGUUUACGAUAGUAAUGUCAUAUCUCAUAGAUUGGUUGCUUAAAAAUGUAAAAAUUGCAUGGACCUUUCGAAUUUUGGCGCUACUGGUAGCGGUAAUAAUGGGCUGUGCAGUAGUUUUUAAACCACUGAACUUUGUCGAGAAGAAAGAUGCAAAGACGAUGUGUAAGACUGCCUUUAACGUGUCUAUUUGGAAAAAUAAGAAGUACGUAAUUUGGGCAUUGCUGAUACCAUUUUCGUUGUUUGGAUAUUUUGUUGUUUAUGUUCAUAUGCCAAAAUUUGUGGAAGUGGUAAUAUCGAAAGAUGCAGAUGGGAAGCUACCAGUAACUUGCAUAGGCAUUACCUCACUGUUCGGCCGAUUGAUUUUUGGCUAUCUUGCUGAUUUACCUAAAGUCAACCGGAUAUAUUUACAGCAACUGGCAUUGUUUGUGAUGGGGGUGAUGACAAUGUUAAUGCCCGCAUGUGAUACGUUUGGAUUAUUGCUUGCGACAACUCUUUGUUUGGGUUUAUUUGACGGUUGUUUUAUAUCAAUGGUUGGACCUGUCGCAUUUAAAUUAUGCGGCCAAGAUGGAGCAACACAAGCGAUUGGUUUUAUUCUUGGCUUGUGUUCUGUACCUUUAACACUUGGACCAUAUUUGGCUGGCGCUUUAUACGAUAAAACUGGCUCCUAUGUCACAGCUUUUGUCUGCGCUGGAAUUCCGCCAAUUAUCGGGUCAAUUGCUUUAUUUGCAAUUAAGUUUGUAAAAUCUCCCGCAACUGUAGCCGAUGCAGCCGAACAGCCUUUGCAGAAACACAAACAUCUAAAUGGUGACAUCCUGAACGAUUCUUUAUCUUACAACAAAAAGGACGAGUACCUUAAUAGUUCAGGUAGGCUUUUAACAUCUGAUACUGUAACUUCCUCUCUUAAUUGUGAUGUAACGGGUAACUGUACAAAUCAAAGACGUUACGAUUAUACAAUACUGUAACUACUGUAAGGGUAGUACUUGUUAAUUGCCAUGUGUGAUUCAACCUGUGAUAUACGUUUUACUGUCAUUUAACGUAAUCUUAUGCCCGUGUUCCUAUAGUGUUAGAAUCAGUAACGAAACAAAUAAGAUUACCGUUUACCGCCCUUUUAAAUGGCUUCUCAACACUAUAGGAUUAGUAACAUUAGAAUAAGUAAACAUGAUUAAAAGUUUUAUCUUUCAGAAAAAUAUUUUGUAACCCUGAUGUCUUGUCGAAGUUAGGUACUUAAGUUUUACUUUUAAUUAUACUCGAUUUCAUAAACGAUGUUACACUACCUUUGAAUCUCGCUUUGAAUACCACGUAGGUUAGGUGCUCGAAAAUUUUUAAUCAAUGAUUAAAAUUAAUCAUCGUUUGUGAAACCGCGGGCAUUAGCCUCUGUAAGUUUAAUUACACAUCUUGUCCGUUUCAGUUGCGCUGAGCUUAGCGUAGGUUUUUAAUUGUAUGUAGAUAUUUGGAAAUUCUUUAAAAAAAGCAUCUUGUAUAA